AUGAAUGUAUAUUUUUCGUUUUACGGUGCGCAGCCGCCCCCACCACCCGGUGUGCCACUGGGGUAUCCUGUGCAGCCGCCCCCACCACCCGGUGUGCCACUGGGGUAUCCUGCGCAGCCGCCCCCACCACCCGGUGUGCCACUGGGGUAUCCUGCGCAGCCGCCCCCACCACCCGGUGUGCCACUGGGGUAUCCUGCGCAGCCGCCCCCACCACCCGGUGUGCCACUGGGGUAUCCUGCGCAGCCGCCCCCACCACCCGGUGUGCCACUGGGGUAUCCUGCGCAGCCGCCCCCACCACCCGGUGUGCCACUGGGGUAUCCUGCGCAGCCGCCCCCACCACCCGGUGUGCCACUGGGGUAUCCUGCGCAGCCGCCACCACCACCCGGUGUGCCACUGGGGUAUCCUGCGCAGCCGCCCCCACCACCCGGUGUGCCACUGGGGUAUCCUGCGCAGCCGCCACCACCACCCGGUGUGCCACUGGGGUAUCCUGCGCAGCCGCCCCCACCACCCGGUGUGCCACUGGGGUAUCCUGCGCAGCCGCCACCACCACCCGGUGUGCAACACGUAUAUGCUGCGGCGCACUAUAUACCGCCAUACGUGUAUGCUACGCUGCCAUAUUAUGGUGUGCAACACGUAUAUGCUGCGCCGCCAUCUUAUGGUGUGCCACCGCCACAGCAGGCUCCAUUGCAGAUUCCUCCACACUGCAUCGAGCUGUUAUCCUUCCUUGAGUCCGACCUGCCGCAUUUGAGUGACUACUUGAGCCGCAACAGCAGCUGGAAGCGAGUCUAUUUGUGCUGGCAGGGCUGGAGAACAUCUAAAUAG